CUUUUUUUUUUAAAAAAGACACGGGUCCAAUAGUCCACACUUUGAAGGCCUGGAGGCGGAUGAAGCUUAGAUAUAAAAAUGUUGCCACGGACACCAUCUGGGAUCCCAUCACUGAGCUGAUGAGAUGAAUGACGUGUGACGGACGGUCAGACUGUGUCAGUGAGAAACAUGGCUGCCAACCAACCACACCAUCAGGACUUUGUCAACUCUGACCCAAACGACUCAUCAGAGGAGCUUGUCCAAGCCGUUUGUCUGGAAUCAGACCUGAAGGAUGGACAGAUGUUAGAGGUGGAAGUCGGUCACCACAGUGUUCUGCUGACCCGCAGUGAGGGUCAGUACAGCGCCACAGGGAACCAAUGCACACACUAUGGUGCUCCUCUUAGUAAAGGCGUGAUUUCAGGGCACCGUGUGCGCUGUCCGUGGCACGGUGCCUGCUUCAACGUGCACACUGGUGACGUGGAGGAGUUUCCUGGCAUGGACUGUUUGCCUUGCCACAAGGUGAUGAUCCACAACAACAAGGUUUAUGUGUCCGUCAACAAAAAUAUGUUAGAGCAGCAGAGAAGAAUGAAGAAGAUGGGUGCUGCUGUGUCAGGGGUCACUCAUACCAUGCUGCUGCUGGGGGGAGGGGUGGCGUCACUGAUUUGUGCUGAGACGUUGCGCCAGGAGAACUUUGGAGGAAGAAUUGUCAUGGUAACCAGAGACGAUCUUCUGCCUUAUGACAAGACACGGCUCAGCAAGGUGAUGAACGUGGACAGUGAGAGCAUCCUGCUGAGAAGGAUGGACUUUUACCACAAAUACGACAUUGAAGUUCAGCUACAGAAGGAAGCACUGUCUGUAGACACGAACGAGAAGACGGUGACAUUUGACGACGGCUCUGUGCAGCGUUACGAUCAGCUCCUCGUCGCGACGGGCUGCAGAGCUAAAGGUCUGGACGUUCCCGGAAUGAAGCUGGACAACAUCAAGAAGCUGGAGUCACCAGAGGACGCACGUCAAAUCCACACCUCCUGUCUGGGCUGUGAUGUUGUCCUUGUGGGAACUUCCUUUGUUGGCAUGGAGGUGGCUUCCUAUUUGAUUGACAAGGCUUCCAGUAUCACGGUGAUCGGCAGCAGCGAGCUCCCCUACCAGAACACGCUGGGACCUGAGAUCGGCCGAGUCACCAUGACGAUGUUGGCCGAGAGGAACGUAACCUUCUACAUGAAUGACAACGUCAGUGAAGUCAGGGGCGUGGAUGGAAAGGUCAACCAGGUGGUGCUGAGGAGUGGGAAGGUCAUCCAGGCUGACAUUCUGAUCGUGGCAGUCGGCACCCUCCCAAACACGGAGUUCCUGCGCGGAAGUCCAGUCAAGUUGGACUCCAGGAACUUCGUACAAGUGGACAAGCACAUGCGCACCAACGUGCACGGCGUGUUCUGCGGCGGUGACGUGGCUACCUUCCCUCUGACCAUGGCACGGGACCGACCCGUCAACAUUGGACACUGGCAGAUGGCGCAGGCGCACGGGCGGAUAGCAGCUCUCAAUAUGCUGAACAAAAAUCUUCCACUCAAGUCUGUUCCGUUCUACUGGACCAUGCUGCUGGGGAAGAGCAUCCGCUACACAGGCUACGGGGAAGGAUACACAGAAAUAGUCAUGAAAGGAAACUUUGAGGACAGGAAGUUCCUGGCAUUGUACAUCAAGAACGAUGAGGUCAUAGCGGCGGCCAGCUUGAACUAUGACCCGGCGGUUUCUGCGGUGGCUGAGAGGCUCGUAUCAGGACGGGCCAUCACCAAGGACGAAGCUCUAUCUGACGACCUGAGCUGGCUGCAGUUGUCUUGAUGAUCACAUGCCUCUAGCUUGGCGUCCUUCACCAGGUGGACUUGCGGACUGAAAGAGUGCAAACAACACAUACCUCACCUUUUUAGAACUUUUUGUUUAGACAACAUCAUCUUUGCGGAGCGUUACACUUCAGGGAUAUGGAGGACGUCACUGCACGUCCCUCCCCAACACUACACUCAACCUGCCGGGUGCUUUUUAGGAGGGCAGGGUCAAAAAUGUGCAGAAGGCAAAUCUCUGUAUGAUUGACAGUCGAGAGAAUAUACAAUGUCAUUAAUGUCUCUUUUAGGCUGUUUCAUCGAGUCAUUUCAUUUUAAUGUCCAAUUAUUUAUUUCUUUAUGCUCACUUUGAACAUACGGUAACAUGAAUUCAAACCCGUUGUUGAAACAUACCCAGUGGACACUUUAUUAGGCACACCACCUAACUGCAUCCAAUAAGAAAAGACCUCAGAUUAACACUGUAUGAUUACAUUGGUGAAGCAAGAAUUAUGAAUGCCUAAUGAAGUAGCCACUUCAAAUGAAUGUGAUUAUUUGCUACUUUACCAAGCCCUAACUUAUAAAAUAUAUUGAAGCUUUGUUAAAGUUCAAAUGUUUACUAUGAAAAGCCCUGCUUUGUU